CGGAAACGACCUAGGCAGUCUCUCCGCCCGAUUCGCCAGGCGCCCGCCCCCCUGGGCUUCGCAAAUUCAAAGCUAUAUAUUUAUCCAAGAAAAGAGGCAUUGCUUUCUUCUCUCUUUUUAUAUAUCGAAGGAGAUAAGGACCGAACAGGUGAAACCAAGGUUAUUCUAAAUGUGUCGUGAAAUUCCAUGAGAGUGUUGUCUAUAACCUUGUGGAAACAGCCAGUUGUUAACAGACUGACUAUAUUGUGUACACCUCGGUUGACAACUUAGCAUAACUUGGGACUGAGCAUUCACUGCAUGAGUCACGCACGACUUUUGAGUGCUGCUGAUUCUCCAAGUUGUUUUGCUAAUGGCUCCACAUCGUCAACGAGUGUGAGAUGUGAAAAUUAGUGAUGUCGGAACCCAGGCUGAGCUGACGAGCCAUCACGAUGGCGCACCGUAAGCGAAACGCCGGAUUGUUCGUUUGGGUGCUGGUGUUAGGAGUGCAACUCAUUCUGUCCUCUGCCUGCCCCAGUGUCUGUACUUGCAAGUGGAAAAAUGGCAAGCAGGCAGUGGAGUGCAAGAACAAAGGGUUGGCCAGCAUACCGACCGGCAUCGACAUCGACACGCAAGUGCUGGAUCUUUCGGGGAACAAUCUGCAGACUCUUCCGAAGCAGGCCUUCUCUCGGGCCGGCCUCACCAACUUGCAGAAGAUCCACAUGAGGGACUGUAAGAUCGGCCAGAUAGAUGCGACGGCCUUCGCGCAGCUGACUAACCUAGUCGAGCUCGAUUUAAGUGACAACUUGCUAACAGAAGUUCCUGGGAUAUCGUUUUCCCACACCCCCGCUUUGAGAGAACUCAUGCUGCGUGGCAAUAGGCUUAGAAAAAUUCAUAGUGAUAGCUUUACCCACACGCCAUAUCUAAUACGCCUCGACUUGAGCAUGGCUGGUAUCAGGACUGUUGUACCAUCAGCCUUCCAAUCUCUGUCUCAACUUGAAAAGUUGAAGUUACAAGGCAAUCAAAUAUCAGAGCUGCCUGAUAAAGUUGUUGAGAACUUGGCCCGGAUUCAUGGCUUGGAAGUCCACGACAAUCCCUGGAUGUGUGAUUGCCGAGCACUUCCUUUGUGGAAGCUGUUGGAGGUGAAACAUAUACCUCAUCCAAUCUCUCCUAGCUGCCGUGCCCCAGAAAGAGUGUCUAGAAAAACGUUCCAUAUGCUACGAGAGGAAGAUUUUUCCUGUCCCCCUACAAUUCAGCAUGUUGGGCAAGUUAUUGAGGGUGUAGCAGGAGAGAAUGCCACUAUCAUUUGCCCAGUAGAAGGCCAGCCUCCUCCAAAAGUUGUUUGGUUUAAAGAAGAAGCCCCAGUUAUAAAUGGAUCUGUUGUGGGUUUGGGACCACAAAGGCUGUAUGUUAUCACAGAGGGAAACCAGAAUCUUGUCAGUCGUCUCAUCAUUACUGGAGCACAAGAAACAGAUUCAGGGACUGUACGUUGUGUUGCAGAGAAUUCUGCAGGUUCUGCAACUGCCAAUUUUACGUUGGCAGUCACAAUGAGAACUGCCUCUCCGGCCAAGUUAGAUUCAGGUCAUAUUGCUGGGAUAUCGGUUGGUCUGGUUGUAUUAGCUCUUAUUGUGUUGGUUAUUGGAUUUUUAUUUCUUGCGAGGGCGCGUUCAACGUCCUCCCCAACACCUGUAAAGGAUUCUCCAACAACACCUUCUUCAACAGGAGCAACCCCUAGUGAGCCAAAUCCUGUGCAGAAACCCCCAAGGCUAACAGAUUUGAAAGGAUCAUCAGGUGUGUAUGGAACAACAGCUCUUGGCAAUCCUGAUGUUAUAAGUGAAGCUGAAAGAGCUGUUCGAGCAGUCAAUGGGCAUCUUCCUAAUGGUUCUGUGCAAAAUAUGGGUGAAGGCGGGGAUUACACUCGCAUGGAAGGUGACUCACUGUAUCCGAGUGGUAUGUGGCCAGAGGAUUCUGUACAAGAAAAUGCUGAUAACAAUGACUCAUCACAAGUGAUUCAUGAACAUUUUAACCCAGGGUAUAUGCCCAAUGAUCCUGCAUUCGAUGGGUAUGGGCCAGUUCAUUCGACUCCCUAUCGACAAGGGUACGACACACAGGAGGAAUUUGACCCACAAAUUUAUGGCUACCCAGCUGAUUAUGGCCUUCCUAUACCAGAAGCACGACCUGAAAGUCAGAUGGCUCAUAAUGGUACAGACUCCAGUAUAUUAGACAUAAGAGGGAAUAGAGAUGACAUGAUGUCUAGAGCUGAUGCCUAUCCAUCAAGGGAUGAUGGCUAUACGCCAAGGCAGGAGAUCUAUGGUUCACCCCAACACAUAAAAGACUGUAGGCAGGAUAUCUACGGAGUCAAUGAUCGCCCUCCAGUGUAUGGGUAUCGACACGAGGUGUACGGGUCACGGGAAGAUGUAGAGGGGGCCGAAAGUCCUCAGGAACUCACGGGGGUAUCUACGGGACCCCCUGGAGAACGCCCAUGGGUACCAGGCUCUCAGGGUCCUCCCCGCGGUGGCGUAGCCGUCCUCCCCCCACUCCCGAACGGCAUUGCCAGUCGCAUCAAGGCGAGAGACUCACCCGACGAAGGCUACCAAGAAGGCACCGAGGUUUAGCGGGGCUGCAGGGUCCCCCGCCGCAGCGGUGGUCCCUGCUUCCUUCCACCCACGCCCGCACGCCCAUGCCCUUCACGACUCCAACCGAAACCCGUGCACCAUUCACGCCUCCCUCCCACGCCCAAGAAACCCUCACGGCUCCCACCCACUCCUACACAACCCUCGCGCUUAGCCUCCUCCUUCCAUCUUCCAGUUCGCCCACAUCUUUCCUCUCCUUCUCCUUCACCUUCUCCCGAGUGAACUGUUCUUUCAAGUGGUUUUGUGCAGAAUCUCACUGACAGACUGGGAAAUAUGAAGCGAGCAAACACGAGGCCAAAUUUUUAAGGAAAUGGAAGGAUUAGUCAUAAUAAGACGUUUCAACCUCUUUUUUGAAGCUUUGUGCCCAUGUUCAAUCAGCAGACAAGCUCUUUAAACCAGGAAAUAAGUUUACUUUUCGUGCGACUCCUCUGAAGUAGAUAGCAGCUAACCUUGUGUCAAAUGAUGCAUUUAAAGUAUUUCCGAAUCCUAGUGAAAAACUGUGACUAGCAAGCAAUGACGCUCCGUGACAGGAAAAGGAAUACUCUCAUAUCAAGUUGUAAGUGCGAGCGAACAAGGAAAGGGAAUACAAUGAUGUCAAGUUAAUAAAUACGAGUGAAAGAGGAAAGGGAAUACUCUUGUAUCACGUUUCUAAAUACGAGUGAAAAAUGAAAGGGAAUAACUCUUGUAUCAAGUUUAUAAAUACGUAUGAAAAAGUGUACAGGAUAUUAUUCUGUAGCGACCAAGGAAGAUUUGUGUGUGAGAAGAUUAUAUACUAUUUACUUGAAAGGUGGUAAGAUGUAUCAGAAAAUUACUAUAUACUUGAGUGGCAGUAAGAAAAAUGUCUGUUCCCCCUCAAAAAAAAAAAAAAAAAAAAAAAUAAUCAGAAGCUGAAAAUAGCAAAUGUGAGGUCACAGUUUUGUAAAUAGUGUACAGGUGAUUCUUAGUUAAUUACAUAAUAAUGUUUUGUGAGAAAAAGCGAAACGUCGAGAAAUGUCAGAUUAGAGAAAAUAAAUGAUAGAUUUCAUCAUUGAAAAAGAGAGAGAGAGAGAGUCAAGCUUACAAACCAAAGAUCAUCAUUCCUCCUGCUCCUGCUGCUAGCUCCUGCUCGCUGCUUCUGCUACUCUCUCUCCAUUGUCACUGAGCAGAAGCAGUUUCGACUCCACUUGAAGUGCUCGCUCUCCCAUUCCAAAAAAAAAACCCAAAAAAAAAUAAUAUAAAAAAGCAUAAAAAAAGUAAAAGCCAAAUAUCUUUUCCAACAUCACCGUUCCUCCUCGGAUGAUCCCACCACUUGCUGCCAAAGCAUUGCAGAUAUGUAUAGUUUGUUUGUGUGUGUGUGUGUGUGUGUGUGCGAGUCUGUCAUAUAUUUUUUCUUUUAGAUGUUACGAAAAGUCGCCUCUUGUUUCGAGCAGUGUUUUGUAAUGGAGUGGGGAUUAAUGAUAUUUCAUUUUAUUGGAAGCUUGAACUUCAAGUCUAUUAAUUGGCCCCUCUGUUGGGCUUGUUCCAAGUGAAUAAUGUUUCUCGUCUCUUAAAUAAUAAUAAAAAUGAUAGUAUAAAUAACUUAUGUUAAAUAUGUCUGUUGGCUUUCUAAGCCCCUGAAAAGCAUUAAUAUUUUAAGAGAUUUAUUGUAAUUAGUUAAAGGCUUUUCUGUCACUUGCAGAUAUAUAUACAUAUAAUAAAUUCAUUGAUAAUCACAAGAAAAUGAUGAACGAAAACUGAAUUAAUAUCACCAAAGACAGAAGGGAGGUAGCAAUAGCAGAAUUUAAUCAAUAGGUAUCACUGAAGUACGAAUUAUAAUUAAUAAAAGUAUGAGCCAAAUUAAAACUAACCCAACGUUUGAUUGGCAAGUGACCUUAAUGAGGUAUUCACUCACAUCCUCAUUAAAUUUACUCCGGAACGAGAAAUUGCAAACGGGGCAAAUAAAAUGAGAGAAAUAACGCGCCAGGGAACUAUGAUAACGACAGCAGAAGGUCAAAUACACUUAGUGCCGUCGGCAAAUAAAGCAAUAAUAAUUGGGAAGGAGAAAAAAAAGUGAUAAUUGUGAGCAAUAAAUGUGAUUGAAAUCUCCUGAGCUCAGAGGUACUGAAUGUUGUCAUUACUUCUGGUAAGGGGUGGGGAGCCUUCUGUGUGGUUGUUAUCGUUUGCUUGUGCUUGCUCGUAUUGGUACGGGUAUAGAUCCAGUAUUGUACGUUUUUUAAACCUGGUAAUAAAUCAAGUAUCAUACGGUUUUCAAAUCUGGUAAUAGAUCAAGUAUCGUACGGUUUUUAAACCUGUUAAUAGAUCAAGUAUCGUACGGUUUUUAAAACUAAUAAUAGAUCAAGUAUCGUAUGGUUUUUAAACCUGAUAAUAAAUCGGGUAUUGUACGGUUUUCAAACCUGGUAAUAGAUCAAGUAUCAUACGGGUUUUUAAACCUAAUAUAUAUAUAUAUAUAUAUAUAUAUAUAUAUAUAUAUAUAUAUAUAUAAAUCUCUUAUCGUGGAUAAAUCUCUUAUCGUGGUAAUGUUGAACAAUCUUACUAUGAUGCUAACUGUUUCAUAGAUACUAGAAACCACGCUAUCAUUAUUGUUAAAUAUAAUUUCCUUCAAAAAUACAGAUAUUGAUGAGGACUCGUGUGUGGCUUGAAGAAGCCUUAUUGAAAUGGAGUUAACAGAAAUGAUUGACAUAUCGAAGCUGAAUUAGAUUAUUAGUAUAGUAACUGUUGGGGGGAAAUUAGAUUCUGUCUUUCCUAGUAUUGAACAUUUACUCAAAGACACUGUUUUGUAAAACAGCCGUUCAAAACCUGAGGCGCCUUUUCGUGUUUUUUGGAAUACCAAAUAACCAUUUUGAACUGUCAGUGAUCUUAACGUUUAUAUAGUAUAUAUAUAUAUCAUAAACAUUUUUAUGUCAUUGGUUUCGUGACGUCAUGGGUGUUAUGAUGUCGACUCAUGACGUCACUGUGUACAUAAAGACAACUCCUGCUGCUCUGUGCAUUUGAUCAGACAUGUUUCUGAUGUAUUAGUUUUUUGUUCAUAUCUCAGAUGUUACAAGAGGGACUUUUGAUAAAUACAAUAGCAUAUCUAUAUGGAGUAUAUAGUUAUUAAAAGUAUAUUUAAGUAUCUGCUUCAUGUUUUAAUGAAGUCACAUUUCAAGGUCUCCGAGUGUGUUUUUUUUUUUUUUUUCAAAUGGUAAAAUGAGGCAAUGUGGGGAAACCUUUGCCCUGAGAAUGUUUUUUCUUCCUCAGAAUAAAAACAUUGACAAUGUUUAUGUUAGGAAAGGUUUCAUGUGUACUCUAUAUGCUCUUGUUUUAUAUUUUUAUCUUUUUUGGUGUUGUCUAGCAAUGUAGACAUUUUGGUUUUUUAAAAUUCUUUUGAUACAUUUUCUCCUGUGCUUUCCAGAAAUGUGAAGGUUUUAACAUAUUCAUAUUUUUAUUUCACUCGUUUGAACUGCUUUUAUUUUCCAAGUGAUAGGAAACAGUGAGGUUAAGAAAAACCAUGUUGCUGAUCAUGUUAGCUUUAAGUCAAAACUCAAAAACGCAGCUUUAAGAUUCUUGUCUAUAGAAAGGUUCAGAGUUAACUCUAUUGAGGUUACAGUAACAAGUACUUCAUCUUUUUUAUUUUUUAUUUUAUGAAAGAUUACAAGUGGAUAUAUAGGUCACAAAGACAUGUUAUCUAAGUCACAACCAGUCAUGUUUGGAAUACUCUACUACUUGCUUGCUUGUAACGUUAAAGACUAUUAUUGCUUUAGGUUAGACUUAUUUUGAGUGAAAGCUUUUGCCUUAUAUAAGACCAGAUUUAGAUUUGCACAAAUAUUAGUUACUUUAAUAUUAAACUUGGUCACUUACACAACUGUUCUGUGCAUACAUAUCUUAUAAAUGAAAAAGUGACCUCACUUAAGGCUACUGGACGAUGUGGACAGUUAGCCCUUGAAACUUUGGAAUUUUUUUUUUUAAUAAAAUCUCCGUUAGAGACCAUCCUGGUAUUCUCCAUGUACAUAUUUACAUAUACACAUCUGCAUAUACAUGCACACACACAGUCAUAAUACGUACACAUACGUACAUAUACAUGCACACAGUCAUAAUACACACAAAGCGGUAACGAAUCUAUUCCAGUAUGCAAUAUUCAAAUUCAGCGUUAUAAGUCAUCAAUCAAGUACGUUC